AUGGGUGUUGCGAGUGGAGGUUAAAGAACCCAUGUUUUGUUGUUGUUGUUCAUGAUGUUGUUAUGUUAUGCGCGCUGCCGUUUGUAAAUAUUAGAAACAAAAGAGAUUAAAUGACAAGCAAUAAUGUGAGAACGAAGGUUUUAUUUUACAAGCCUAUGAAGUGAUAAUAUGCCGUCUAAAUCCAUUCCGUUAACAAGUAGUAACGACAUAGGAUCGCAAAUUCGAUAUAGUGUGACAUCCCGCGUCUUUACCGCCUGUGAUGUGCUACCUUGCUCUGCUGCGAGUUCUUCUAGGAAGGAAAGCAGUUUUGAUCCCCUGAAAAACUCUUUAGCGAAAAUGGACCAGUCCUUCCAAUAUGUUAACAAGGUGCUUCAUAAUGUCAGUGACAAUUCAAGAAGUCAGAGUCUGCCUGACUGUUUAGACACCGUAAAGAAACCUUCGUUUCUAACCCAGGACCACAAUCAUGUGAGCAGCGAAGUGCUCUCAUCUGAAAAUGCUAAUGUUGCUGCGAGUAUAUUAAAGCCAGAUAUCCUAAAAUCGAAUGAAGCUUGGUUCAAGACUUGGCCAGAGAGAGGAACUGAAAAGAUUGGUGUCAGCACUACUACCGAGUCUCUCUCGCAGCCAGAGCAGCAAAACGAAAUCCUGCACACUGACGUGCCCAGUUCGAACAUCUCAACAGGUGAAGGAUCUGCAGUAGUCCGUAAGGAUAGAAACUGCCAGCACAGCGCUGUAACAACGUCCAGUGUCUUAUGUCUGGUACCUAAUGGCUGCAUUGAUAGUGUAGACAAUAUGCAUGAGAAUGUAAGCUGUCGAACAGUCCCUGUAACAAACGCAUAUUCCACUUUUUGUAGUGCAAACAGUUGUGAGAUUUCAGACGCAAGUGCAUCAACAGCAUCUGUUCCAUUAACACAAAUGUUGCAGUCUAUACCACUGGCAUAUAGUCCAGUAACUAGACAGUUGCAUAUAAUAUGUACAGGUGAAAGUCAAAAGAAAGAAAAUUAUGUUCACACUUCGCCCGUGAAACAGUGUUGUCAUUCAGAUUAUGAAGCUAACAUCUGCCGUCCAAAAACAGUGGCAGGAGGGUGUAAUUGUGAAACAAAAAUAAAAAAUGAACUUAAUGUGGAUCGUGAGGACACAGUAAGCUUUGAAUCACCAUGUAGUACUCUUCAACGGUUGGGAACGUACGAAAAUUGCCAGUCACAUACAGAUGCUAGUUCUUUUUCUAGUAUAGUUUCCAGUUUAAGUGACGCUUCGCCUUCUAUGAAUGAAGACAACAGUGCAGUGGACGAGGAAUCUAGAAUUCAUAGUGGAGCAGAUCACGAGAGUCUCAGUUCAAGUGAAUUAAGUGCAUGUGAAGAAACUGGCCCAGCAAAAUUCAAACGAAAGGGGAUUUCCAGCUUUUUUAGCAGGGGAGUUUUCUCCUGGCGACGAGACAGUGGUGGACAGGGCUGCAGUCACCCCGCUUGGCGCCUCUGGGGCUCUCGCACCUGUACCUCUGCCAGUGUUCCAGCAUCUGCAGUGGCUGCAUCAGCUGACGAAUCUCAGGGAGAUACGAAGCAGUUUACGGAUGUAAUUGCGAGCAGCUCGGCGUUGAUUCUGCAUAGGAGGCCAUCUAACUUGCCUGCAAAAUGUCCAGACGAAGAACAGAAACACAGGCACGAGUACCAACGAAUGGUGGAGGCAGCAAGGAAGAAAGAGCUUAAAGAGGCGAAACUUCGUAAGAAGCAGCUUGCCCAGCAGCUGCGGCAGGAGGAACAGCUUGCACAUGCAGCCCGCACUUGGAGUUCAGAGAUUCUGCCAAAAUGGGAUCAUAUGAAAAAUUCAAGGAAGGCCAAAGAUCUGUGGUGGCAGGGGUUGCCUCCAUCUGUACGUGGUCGUGUAUGGCAGCUUGCAAUUGGAAACGACCUAAACAUCACUCCAGAACUGUAUGAUAUAUGUGUUUCAAGGGCGCAGGAGAGACUCCGCGUAGUUUCUGAGGAAUUGCAGCAAGAAAAUCAGCAACAAGAUGUAAUAGAUGGAACAGAUAGUCCAGACAAGGAAUCUAGUGUUGAGCUUAUUCAACUGGACAUAUCACGCACAUUUCCAAACUUGUGUAUUUUCCAGAAAGGUGGUCCAUAUUAUGAUAUUUUGCAUAGUCUUCUUGGGGCCUAUGUUUGUUACCGUCCAGAUGUGGGAUAUGUCCAGGGAAUGUCUUUCAUAGCAGCCGUCCUGAUAUUAAAUAUGGAACCAGCCGAAGCAUUUAUCUGCUUUGCUAAUCUUCUCAAUCAGCCAUGUCACAUGGCUUUCUUCAGGCUUAAUCAAACUGUGAUGAAUGCAUAUUAUGCAGCAUAUGACUGUGUGUUCCAUGAGAACCUGCCAAGGCUGCAUGCACAUUUCUCAUCGGCUAAUUUAACAGCUGAUCUCUACCUCCUUGACUGGUUAUAUACUGUCUUUGCAAAAGCUAUGCCACUUGAUGUAGCGUGUCGUGUAUGGGACGUCUUUCUGCGAGAUGGAGAAGAGUUUCUUUUCAAGACUGCGCUAGGUGUUCUUCAUCUACAUCAAGAAACAUUAUUACAAUUGGAUUUUCUCCAUGGAGCUCAAUUUCUCACAAGAUUACCAGAGGACAUGUCAGCUGAUAGGUUAUUUCGAUCAAUAGAAUCAAUCCGCAUGUCUGUUGGGAAACUACGUUUCUCGGAGGUGCUUGCCUCCCAUAUAGAACCUAGCUGAGAUACACCAAGAUGGGCAUAUCAAAAAGUCAAAGUGGCAGCCGUUGAAAUAAUGUUAUGACUGACAAGUUUCUUCAAGCAUUGGAAGUUUGUGAAACCUGUGUUCUGACCCACAGUUAGAUCUGGAUGCUAGUGGUAAUAAUAUGCCGCCUCUUUUA